CUCACGAUCGUCCACGGGCCGACCCGGUAAGAUGGAGGAAAAGUCCUCCGCCAGGUUCUCUGAGUACCUAUUCGCAAAAAUGGGCGGCCAGGAAGUUUCGGCCUCGCAGGGUCCCCGCAAGGUGACCGCGGACACGCGCAAGUGGAUGCGCGAGAAUCUGCUCCUCUUGGUCACCCUGUCCGGUGUUCUGCUCGGUGUGAUCCUUGGUUUUGGCCUUCGACCUCUGGCCCUAGGAGACGACGCGGUGAUGCUCAUGAGUUACCCCGGUGAACUCUUCAUGAGGUUGCUGAAGUUAAUGAUUUUGCCGUUGGUCAUCGCCAGCUUGAUAUCGGGGUCGGCGAGUUUAAACGCGAGGAUGAAUGGGAAGAUCGCAGUGAGGACUUUGUUGUACUUCAUCCUGACUUCAUUGUUGAACGCCAUUCUCGGGGUUAUUCUGGUGAUUCUCAUCCAUCCUGGUGACCCUGGAUUGAGGGAAUCAGUCAACACCGUCACUCACACGAGGGUCGUCAAUAUCCUGGAUAGUCUUCUAGACCUUGGAAGGAACAUGUUCCCAGAUAAUCUAUUCCAGGCAGCUUUUCAACAGGCCCACACGGUGUACGUUCCGAAGAAGCUGCCUUUUCAAAACGACACCGAGGAGUCGAACUCGGACGGAAUGCCCGAGGAAGAGCUGAUGCGAGUCAUCCAGUACAGAAGCGGCACCAACACCUUGGGUAUAGUCUUCUUCUGCCUGGUAUUCGGCACCUUCCUGGGCACCAUGGGCGACAAGGGGCAAGUGGUGAUAGACUUCUUCAAGGCGGUGUUCGAAGUCACCAUGAAAAUGGUAUCGACGGUCAUGUGGAUGACUCCGGUGGGGAUCACGUCGGUGAUAGCAGGAAAGAUCCUGGCGGUGGACGAUCUCGGCCUGGUGAUGUCGCAACUGGCCUGGUUCAUCGUAACCAUCGUAAUCGGGGUAUUUUUCUAUCAGCUGGUGAUCAUGCAGCUGAUCUACUUGGCGGUAGUGAGAAAGAACCCCUUUAAAUUCUACGCCGGUCUGGCCCAGGGCACCCUCACCGCCUUCGCCAUGGCAUCAACGGCUGCUGCACUUCCGGUGACUUUCCGACUGAUGACCGACAAGCUCAAAGUCGACCCGAGGGUCACCAGGUUCGUACUGCCAAUUGGCUGCAAUAUCAACAUGGAUGGCACUGCGCUCUUCGUGGCCGUCGCCAGCAUCUUCAUUGCCCAGAUGAACGGCAUCGUCCUGGGCUCCGGUGAAAUCGUCACGGUGAUUUUGACUUCGACGGCAGCAUCGGUCUCGUCGGCUUCCGUUCCCAGUGCUGCUCUGGUUCUUCUUCUCGUCGUCCUCAGCGCCAUCGAUGCUCCCGUUCACGACGUUUCCCUCCUCUUCGCCAUCGACUGGUUUGUAGAUCGCGUAAGAACCACCAACAACAUGCUGGGAGACUGCUACGCUGCAGCCGUCGUUGAACAGUUGUCGAAGAAGGAGCUGAUGGCCCUGGACGCGGCUGCAUAUCAAUCGGAAACGGUUCUGCCCACCACUAUUGCAAAUGGCUGCAUUUCGGCGAACAGGGUACCGGAUCCUGACACGAUCGUCGUCGAGAUGCAGGACGACUCGAGGAUCACCGGGAUCGCCAACGGCAUCGCUCUGAGGGUGCCGAGAAGUGUGACGGAGGCGACCGUCUGACCAGUGCCUAGGACUCCUUUCGUCGGACCACUCCGAGGAAAGGCGCCGAUGAGGGAAGAUUGGCACUUGCGUUCGAGUCCAAUCGGGUGCUCGUCCAGGAAUUCCCAAAAUGGAUCGCUAAAGGGUACAUACAGCACGGCGUGAAAGUGCCACCGAAUGUCGCUAACGGGUCCCCGCCAAGGUACCGAUCUCGAUCGGAAAUGGGCUCGAAACUUCCCCUCCGAUUUUUUCUGAACCCUUUCGUCGACGAGAGGAUCCUUUCGAUCGGCGACCCGAAGGUUGGUCGGAGUUCGUCGGUCGUGAUGGAAAAUCGGCACGGUCGCUCGGGAGAAAAAUCGUGAGCGUUUUCGUUAAUCGGGGAACCUUCUUGCCCACCUUCACCCAGUCAAUACCGAUCGGCUCGCUUCCGGCAGGAUUUCUCAAGGGAAGUCUGCCUUGAGAGUGUUCCGCUGCCGGAAGUGUCCGGUGGAUUCGUUGCCGAUCUUUUUCACGGAAGGCUUGCGCUUCCACGAGGGAUCGAGUCAAUAACGUGUAGCAAUAAUAGAAUUCAAGUAUACUCGAUGAUCUUUAUCUCUCAGUCUCAUUGUCAGUAUUUCGGUAGUCAUCAGCUGACCAAGCCUGGUCAUCGGGUUACCAGGUCGCGUAUAUUAGUAUCAAUUCUAUCCAGACGGACUCUACUCGGCAAUUUUUACGGCCCCAAAAAUCGGCAAGGACCAGGUUUUUUUACCUUUACAAUUCGCACUCUAGAACAGGCUCCUUCGAAAAUCGAAUUUCCAUUAGUGACAGGUUUUCCCGUAAUUUCCCAAAUUUUCGGUAAUCGUUGGGGGUCGAUUAGUGUUGCGAUCGGAGGUGCGUUGACUUUGAUCCUCUCGACUCUGCGGUGUUAUCUCGAUUUAAGGGGUCCUGAUUUCUCGGUCUCGACGCUCCGAAGGAAUCCGAUCCUCGAGCUGGCCGGUUCCGUUUAAUCGAUCGGAACGUUUCUUGCGAUCGAUCGCGCUCAUAUCGAGCGUCGAACGUGGGUGCCUUAAAUUGUACCGAAGGUGCUGAAAUCGAUGAAAGUACGCGCGUUUUAGACUGUGUUUGUCGUGGAAGGUAUUCGGUUCGCCGGGCUCGAGGUCGAUCGUUUGGUUUCCAAUUUGCGUUCAGAAAAAGAAUGUCAAAUCGAAGCGUAAUCACGUAUCACUAGACGCCCCACUUCGUCUCGAUUUCGGAUCUGAGUCGAUGGACCAUCCAACCUUUCAGGUCCAAAACCAGAAACCUGGUGACGGCUUAACCAAAAAGUAGUCUUGCUCUACCUCGGAAGAAAGAACACUGCCGAUCAAUUUUACGAGAAAAAAAAAAAUAAUAAUAACAAUAAGACUGCUGUUGCUCGUCUGAUUAGAGAGUCGAGCAUUCGAUACUGCUAACAAGAAAUCAUUUUCUUCACUGACACGGUAAACCGAUCCCGAGGAACAAACGGCAGUACGCGAUUCCUUUUUUCUUCUAAAGAAGUCAUCGAUAUCUUCUGAUUAAGAAGGGACACGAUAACCGCGUUUCUCUGUGAAAAAGCUAGAAAGGGUCGCUGACUCUUAUCGAUUCCAAAAGGCAGUAGUCAUUUUUCUAUGGCCUUUCUCUCUAUUAUGGGGAGCGGGAGUCUCUUAAGGCGGAGAGCACGAUGCUUUGUCUUUCGGAGGGGAAAUCAUUUUAAUAUAUAAUAUAGCACUGAUAACGGUAUUAUAUAUCAAUAAGUUUCUUCCGUAUCAAGCCAAGGAAGGUCUUCGAUAAAUAGACGCGUCUCCAGACACCACGUAAGGUCCGCUGAACAACCGGGAUAUAAAGGGAGCCGACGAUUGAUCUCGUGACUCAAUAGACAACGAUCUAUCGUCUCGAUUUUUAUCACGCGUCCGGCGAACCCGACUACUUUCUUCCCCUCAGCCUGUGGCACGAUAGUGGCAAUAAAUUGAACCGUAAAUGCGAUUUGAUCUCGUGCACUCGCACGCGAUUGAGUAGAAUACCAUAUGCACCGUGCGAUGCUAUCAUCGGAGUUAUCACGGAGGGUGAGUAGUUUAGUAAGGAAUUAUUUCUCGAAAUUACUCUCCCUUUUUUGCAAGAAAUCCGAGACAAAUUUACUCAUCACAAUUUGCCAUCCUUCCUCUGUAACACUACCAAGAUAGGGAUAGAUAACAGAUUAACACCUGAAGCUUAAGUUGAAUUUUUGGACGUUAUGAAUUCCCUUUUUGUCUUUCAUUUUCUGGGAUACCAUUUUGCAAUACCGAAUCAACGGAAAGGAACAAUAACUGACUUAGCUCUUCUCGAUAUGACGACUUUUGAAUGUCCAUAACAAAGUACGGAAAUGUUGAGCGAACAUUCGUCUACCGAGUCUUACUCCACUGUCGAUAUCUACUGAUGAAGUGGAUUGAUAUGCACGAGAAAACGUAAGCCAACCUUUAGAGCAACGGCGAGUGGAUUCAUUUUUCAAAUAUUCCGCGAUUUCAUGGCGUUUUUCGUAAUUUAAUACCCCUACUGAGUCAUGCUACGGUAGGUCAUAGGACAUGAAGAUCGGAUCGUACAUUUUGAUAAUCCUACGUCUAACUCUCAGUAAAUCACACCUUUCAUUAAUAAACGAGGCCUCCCAGCUGACACAUAUCAUUGUGACGUGAACAUUGCAUAACAAGUAUAACUUACGUAUGAACGAGUCUCGCGAACUUUCAAUAUUCUGGCUUAAGAAUUAUUGACAGAGUUUAUUAGAUGUGACAUAAUAAUCCGGUCUUACCGCUAGGGACAGCCUUCGAAAGCAUACAAAUUGUAAAAAAAAAAAAAAAAAUAGCGCGAUUGCGAUUUACUUCCCAGAAUGUCAGAAAACCAGCAAUCAGAGGUUCGCGAGAUUUGCUCACGGAAUUAAUUUCACUCAGAUGUAAUAAGCACGUAUCGAUUAUGCUGUAUAAAUUAUGUAACAUCCGUAUAACGAGGGGAUAUUAACAAGUGUAAAACUGUACGCGUAGGAAAUAGUUACUUGCAAGUAACGUGCGAUACCUGUCACGGAUAACGUCAUUAUCUUCAACAAGCCGGAGUGUAAGAGGCGAUUCUUUCGACCCGAUAAAUAAUGGCCAAUUUAUGCAGACGAGGACAAGUCGUAUUAACUUUUUCCAGUGACACUUUUCCUACGACAUCUCAUUAAACGAGUCUUUUAUACGUAGACUAACGAGCACAGAGUUCGACAUUUGUAAACGGAGUGCGUUUUACAUCCCGUUCAUAUAAUUGUUAUCUAGAGCGAAUAAACCGAACAAAUGCAGGACGCGUGCGAAAAUAUGUUGCAACAAUUCUCGACAAAGGGAAGGGUUAAUAAGGCGGCUCCUCGUUAUCAACAGCCACCGAGGUGGAUUUCUUUUUCCCGGAUCGAAAGUAUCGGCCGUCUCGAUACUCGAGCCUGUUGAAGACAAUGAUCGUUGUUUGACGAAGGAUGUUGACGACAUCUUGUCGAAUGUGUUAAUUAAUGAAUUAAUUUGCCGCUGAAUUUUCAGCCUAGGCCGACUCCGAAGUUCGGGUCAUCUUUGCGAGUUUUAACGCGACUCUUGACUUAAGUCAGCUGAUUUUAGUAGGCCGAAAGCUCCGUAGCCAGUUUUAGUGCUCCGGCCUGUUGAAGACAAUAAGUUUAGCCGUGGCAAUAUCCAUGCUGUACAAGGUGUUUCGUGUUUCCUGGAUAAUCAUGUGAAAGGGUGUAGAGUGCUGUACGACCGGCUCUCGAUUUUACAUCGGUUUUUUAAGGACUCGAGGGGUCUGGGCAAUCUGCGCUUUUCAAAGGCACCGUUUCAAUCAUUGUUCAUACAUCUAGGAUUUAAGAUCGUAUCGCGGACGAUCGAGUUUCGGCUCGUCGAUCUCCCGAUCGGUGAUCGAGGAUCUUCGAUCGGGACUAUCGCAUAUCUCCGCGAGUUACGCGAUUCGAGUGAUACGACGUAACGAAUCAUGGUGAAAGAUCGACCGCUCGGAAUUUCGGCUCGAGUUUUCGACCCUCUCAUGUGAUGGUUGGCUAUUCCUAUCCGUUUGCCAAUGACUUAUCGUUAGGUGCUAGAUAGGUCGACGUGUGUAUACCGUAGCUGCUAAGCUGAUGUACAGAACCAGAUACAGAAGGCGUAGUUUUAGCGGUUGUUGUUGUUGUUUCGAGUCGCAAGGCUCGCGAGUCCGAAAAAGGACUCGAAAUCGGGAAUCCGGAAAUGCACCGAUUCCCAGCUGCAUCGGGAUUACUCCGACAUGAUGUAGCUGACGGAAGACCAACUCUACCGAGAUAUCCCCUACGUAUUACAUAUACGUGUACCUAAGGUAAAAAGUGUUACGUCGGUAUGCAGAUUUAUACACGAAAC